CRWUGAUAGCCAUGAUGUCUUCUGCAUUAAAUAAACUAAAGCCUGGCAACAAACUCUCAUCUGAAGCGUUACUGGUCAUUUUGUCAAUAGUGUCUCGUAUUACCAAAGAUGAACUAGUAAGAAUAUGGUGGUAUAGCGGCGUAAAGGACCAUUUCAUGUCACUUCUACAGGACAUCAGACGUUUUCUACCCAAAAAUCUGCCGGCUGCUUCUGAUGUUACAAAGCUAAAAUCACAAGUAGAUAGCCAUGUUGACACCCUGGAUCGAGUGCUGCUUCAAUUCAAUGAUGUUCAAGUGAAGGGUACGGAGAGUGAUCAGCCGUUUUUUUUUCUUGAUGAAGUCGUCAGCGAUAUUAAGGAAGAGCUGAGUAAGCUGAAGAAAGAGUUGGCAAACAUGAUUCGCAUCUUUGGUAAGUAGUUGAGUCAGAUUGGAUACMCAUCAUGCUGCUUUACAGCUGAUUCGAUAUACAAGUUGUAAUUUAAAGUACCGAUUCUUUUCAAUCUCGUACCACAUGCCCAUAUAAUUUUUGAUGCAGACCGAAAGGAAAAAAAGGAAUUUGGCGCGCUCUUCGAUCCCUAGAUGGAAAAACAGAAAAGUCAUCAAGAAUUAGCUCUUUAAAAACGGAUGAUGGAAUAACUUACGACCAAACACAAAUUGCCAAUUCCUUAAAUAAUUAUUUUGUAAACAUCACUUCGCAAUUGGACAUUUCUAAUGAGACUAACCAUCACGUUAAUGAAAAGCUCAUUAAUUACAUUGACUCUCGCAUUGACUCUGAAACCAAUUUUAGUAUUCCACCAAUAACUGA